UGUUUCCGGGAUUUGACAGUCGGGUACGUUCAUCAACCCAGUUCCUGGCCUCGCGUUUUCCUUCCAGAGAGAUGCUGCGAAAAGUGCCUCCAGCGCUGAUCAGCGCAUCCAGGAGUCUUCACACGACAUCCUCAGUGUGCGGAAACAGGAACUUCCGCAAGUUUCCGCUGUACAACAAGCGCGGCACUCGAGUACACAAGAAGAACCAAUUCGAAGGUGCGCCUUUCGCCCUGCCCAUUUACAAAUACGGCGUCCGGGAUAUUGGAGAGGUUGUGGACAAUGUCUUCGUAAUGCGUCCCGAGAUGAUCCCCGAACUCAUCGUGCCAGAUCUUACGGAUUGCAAGCUGAAGCCUUACGUGUCGUACAAGACACAGGAUGUUGUACAGAGUGAGUUCACCAGCGAGGACCUUUUCAAAGCUGUUUACAGUAAAAAGAUCCUGGAAGAUUUCAAGAAUGGUGAGCUCAAGGAAGACGGUAGUCCAGUUACACCCUCCCCGGAUGAGCUCAAAACACCCGAGGAAGCAUUCAUAGAGGCCAGAAAGACAGGGUCAGACAUUUUCUGAGAUGGUUUAUAGUUUAGAAUGAGGCAAUAAAGGAGAAUUGUAGUUAU